UGUAACUUAUCAAAUCAUCAUGCGUGAAAUUGUACAUCUUCAAAUUGGACAAUGUGGCAACCAGAUCGGCUCAAAGUUUUGGGAAGUGAUCAGUCAAGAACAUGGGCUCGAUUGUACCGGUAUCUAUGAGGGAGACUGCCCCCUCCAACUGGAGAGGGUCAACGUCUACUUCAAUGAGGCGCAUGGUGGUAAAUAUGUGCCCAGGGCCCUGCUGGUUGACCUGGAGCCUGGCACCAUGGACAGUGUAAGGGGGAGCCGCAUCGGGACCCUUUUUAGGCCAGAUAACUUCAUCCAUGGAAACUCAGGAGCUGGGAAUAACUGGGCGAAGGGUCACUACACCGAGGGAGCAGAGCUGGUUGACCAGGUGAUUGACAGAGUCAGGAACGAGUCUGAAAGCUGUGAUUGCCUGCAGGGUUUCCAGCUGGUUCACUCACUGGGGGGUGGCACUGGCUCUGGCAUGGGAACCCUCCUCAUCAACAAGAUCCGAGAGGAGUACCCCGACCGUAUCAUGAACACCUUCAGCAUCAUGCCCUCCCCUAAAGUCUCUGACACGGUGGUUGAGCCUUACAACGCCACCUUGUCAGUCCACCAACUCCUGGAGAACACAGAUGAGACCUUCUGCAUCGACAAUGAGGCCCUGUACGACAUCUGCUUCCGCACCCUGAAACUGACCACACCGACUUACGGGGACCUCAACCACUUAGUCUGUAUGACUAUGAGUGGGGUCACAACCUCCUUGAGAUUCCCCGGACAGCUCAACGCAGACCUGAGGAAGCUGGCUGUCAACAUGGUGCCUUUCCCUCGCCUCCAUUUCUUCAUGCCAGGCUUCGCCCCCCUGACAGCGCGGGGCAGCCAACAAUACAGUGCCCUCACUGUGCCUGAGCUCACCCAGCAGAUGUUCGAUUCCCGCAACAUGAUGACAGCUUGCGACCCCAGACGUGGGCGCUACCUUACGGUGGCUGGUAUGUUCCGUGGCAAGAUGUCCACCAAGGAGGUAGAUGAGCAGAUGCUUGCAAUCCAGCAGAGAAACAGCAACCAUUUCGUGGAGUGGAUCCCCCAUAACGUCAAGGUUGCCGUGUGUGACAUCCCACCCAUUGGCCUCAAAAUGUCCUCCACCUUCAUCGGUAACAACACGGCCAUUCAGGAGAUAUUCCGUCGUGUCGGCGAGCAGUUCUCCAUGAUGUUCAGGCGGAAGGCUUUCCUCCACUGGUAUACAGGGGAGGGUAUGGAUGAAAUGGAGUUCACUGAGGCAGAGAGCAAUCUCAACGACCUGGUGUCCGAGUACCAGCAGUACCAAGAUGCCACUGCUCACCCUGAAUCGGAAGGGGAAGAAGAAGAGGAGGUGGCCGAGAAGGUUCAGUCUCGGAGGGAAGUUACACUGGAAACAGUGACUGAAACGAGUCAAGAGACUAUAGAUGAGUAGAAGACAUGGGGAAUAGUUUGGUGUGUGGAUUUGACACCCUGUUGUAAGAACGUGGAAGAAUUGUGAAGUUUUUGGUUUGAAAAGGAACUAUUUUUUAUGUUGUAGUAUAAUUUAUGCGGAUAAACAUACUUACAUGCUCUGACAUAUUUACACAAUAGUACUUACAUUUUUUUUUUAAGUUUUCUUUUAAAACUAAAACUGAUGCCAGUUUGCUUGUUUUAAGGAUUGGAGGGUUUUUUUGUCAUCAGCAUUUGUGUAUAUAGGCUACACUAACUGUGUUUUAUAUAUUGCUUUUAAAAACUGCUAUUUGUGAUGUUAAAUUCUUUUGUU